GCCGCGCGCGCGGAGCGAGAUGUGGGACAUGUGGAUUUGGGAUAUGAAUUCAUUUGAAAAACCACUUUGGGGGUAUGAACGUGAUUUCUGAUGAAACUAGAUUGGAAUAAUUUUCACGAUCUUUGUAUAUUUAUAUGUAUAUAUUUUAAAAUUUUGCAUUUGACUUAAAGUGCCACGAGAAAAUUUGCAUAUUGCAAGGUAGUCCUAGCCACCUGCUUGAUUUGGGUACUCUCGGAUGUGUUCCUGCUGCUUUACCUCAGUGAAUGCAACCAACGUGAUGAAAAAAAGGAGAGAGGACUUCCUGCUGGGGAUGUUCUAGAGCCAGUACAAAAGCCUCAUGAAAGGUCCUGGAGAAAUGGGGAAACCAGUCGUCAUUCCUAAAGAGGAUCAAGAAAAGAUGAAAGAGAUAUUUAAAAUCAAUCAGUUCAAUUUAAUGGAGAGUGAGAUGAUUGCCCUCAACAGAUCUUUGCCAGACUUUAGGUUAGAAGGGUGUAAAACAAAGGUGUAUCCAGAUAAUCUUCCUACAAGUGUGGUGAUUGUUUUCCACAAUGAGGCUUGGAGCACACUUCUGCGAACUGUCCAUAGUGUCAUUAAUCGCUCUCCAGGACACAUGAUAGAAGAAAUUGUUUUAGUGGAUGAUGCCAGUAAAAGAGACUUUUUGAAAAGACCUCUAGAGAGUUAUGUGAAAAAACUGAAAGUACCAGUUAAUGUAAUUCGAAUGGAACAACGUUCUGGGUUGAUCAGAGCUAGAUUAAAAGGAGCUGCUGUGUCUAAAGGCCAAGUGAUUACCUUCCUGGAUGCUCAUUGUGACUGCACAGUAGGGUGGCUGGAGCCUCUCUUAGCCAGGAUCAAACGUGACAGGAGAACGGUGCUAUGUCCUAUCAUUGAUGUGAUCAGUGAUGAUACUUUUGGGUGCAUGGCAGGCUCUUAUAUGACCUAUGGUGGAUUCAACUGGAAGCUCAAUUUUCGCUGGUAUCCUGUUCCCCAAAGAGAAAUGGACAGAAGGGAAGGUGAUCAAACUCUUCCUGUCAGAACAUCUACAAUGGCAGGAGGCCUUUUUUCUAUAGACAGAGAUUACUUUCAGGAAAUUGGAACAUAUGAUGCUGGAAUGGAUAUUUGGGGAGGAGAAAACUUAGAAAUUUCUUUUAGGAUUUGGCAGUGUGGAGGAACUUUGGAAAUUGUUACAUGCUUACACGUCGGACAUGUGUUUCGGAAAGCUACACCUUACACGUUUCUGGGAGGCACAGAGCAGAUUAUCAAUAAAAAUAACAGACGACUUGCAGAAGUGUGGAUGGAUGAAUUCAAGAAUUUCUUCUAUAUAAUUUCUCCAGGUGUUAUAAAGGUAGAUUAUGCAGAUAUAUCAUCGAGACUUGGUCUAAGACAGAAACUACAAUGCAAACCUUUCUCUUGGUACCUAGAGAAUAUUUAUCAUGAUUCUCAAAUUCCACAUCACUAUUUCUCAUUGGGAGAGAUAGGAAAUGUGGAAACAAAUCAAUGUCUAGAUAACAUGGCUAGAAAAGAGAAUGAAAAAGUUGGAAUUUUUAAUUGUCACGGCAUGGGAGGAAAUCAGGUUUUCUCUUACACUGCAAACAAAGAAAUUAGAACAGAUGACCUUUGCUUGGAUGUUUCCAAACUUAAUGGCCCAAUCACAAUGAUCAACUGCCACCAUCUAAAAGGCAACCAGCUUUGGGAGUAUGACCCCAUGAAAUUAACCCUGCAGCAUGUGAACAGUAAUCAGUGCCUGGAUAAAGCCACAGAAGAGGAUAGCCAGGUGCCCAGCAUUAGAGACUGCAAUGGAAGCCAGUCCCAGCAGUGGCUUCUUCAAAAUGUCACCCUUCCAGACAUAUUCUAAGACCAAAUUUACAAAGAAAGAAAAAAUAAGGAUUGACUGGGCUACCUCAGCAUACAUUUCUGCCACAUUCUUAAAUAGCAAAAAAGGAAAAGUGCUUUCCUCCUCUGCAGGAUUUAAGGUUUAUCAGCCAUUAAAACUUAGACUCCUCUAGCUUUUCAGUAGCUGUGAACCAGCCUUCCUGUCCAUGGACGUGAAACUGCAUAGUAGUGAGACUGUGCACACUGAUGUUUACAAGAUAGAAAGAGUCUUUCAUCAAGAAUCAUGGUAAAGAAUAUUUAGACAAUGAAAUAAUCAACAAGAUGUGCUUUCCUGAGAGCUGCAUCUCUUAUGGUUUGCUUGCACAUCAGUAAUUUCUACUGAAUGUGCUGUCAUAAUGAAGAGAUUUCCAAGAUUUCUUUUCCUGAUUAGAACUGGUAGCCAGUGUAUUAAAUAUUGAUUUAAAAAUAAAUGAAAAGAACUGGAACCAGAUUCAGAAUCAUGAAAACAUUUUUACAACAA